UUGGGAGUCGAUAAUGUGCAUCACUGCAUUUCUAUACCCUCUUACGUGAAUGUCAUUUUGGUCAAUUCAAAGCAACGUUAUCCUCUCUCACCCGCUCUUGUCCCCUCAGCUUACAACGCCUGGAAAUCCAUUUUCCAGGGAAAUAAACACCGACCUAGCUUUACGCAAUGGCAAUUUCCAUGUCCUCCCUUACAUCUUCACUCUCGUCUCUUUCAUUUUCUUCCCAUAUUUCUCAAAGACCCUCUUCACUCUCCUUUGUCCGCUCCAAUUCUCUUUCCAUUUCCCAUCUGACCAAAACCUCUUCACUGGCCGUCGUUGCCUCCGCUGCUGCGGUUGCUUCGCCGCUUGAAUUGGAGACAGCAGACUUGAAGAAAUACGUCAAAUCAAGGCUUCCCGGUGGCUUCGCCGCGCAAACAAUCAUCGGUACUGGUCGCCGAAAAUGCGCCAUUGCUCGAGUCGUUCUUCAGGAAGGCACUGGCAAAGUUAUUAUCAAUUACCGUGACGCCAAGGAGUAUCUUCAAGGCAAUCCAUUAUGGCUUCAGUACGUCAAAGUUCCGUUGGUAACUUUGGGGUAUGAAAGUAGUUAUGAUGUGUUUGUUAAAGCUCAUGGUGGUGGCCUCUCUGGUCAGGCUCAGGCCAUCUCCCUUGGCAUUGCCCGGGCAUUGCUCAAGGUGAGUGAAGACCACAGGGGGCCACUUAGAAAGGAAGGACUCCUAACAAGGGACUCAAGAGUGGUUGAAAGGAAGAAAGUGGGUCUCAAGAAAGCUCGCAAAGCCCCACAGUUUUCGAAACGUUGAGUCUAGAAUUAAAGAUAGUAAAAUUUGUAGGUAUGACUGUUCAGUUUUUGGGGCAAUUUAUGACUUCCAAAUCUUUGUGGCGUACAUUUAUUUAAUUUGUUUUCAAAGAUCUCAGCUAUUGUUUACAGUUCUUGCCCCUCUGUGCAUUGUAUUGAAAAAGUUCUCCCUGUUUA